AUGCGGAAGUUGUUGGGAUUGCGGAAGUGUGCAGCGGAGUUGGGUCGCUGGAGUGAAACCAGAGUGAAACCAGAGAGAAGCCACAGAAACGGAUCGUCCGUGGACCUGAAGCGGUUCUGGUUCGGGUCAUCUCUGUAUGUAGGACCUGCGGGAGCCUCGGGUCACUGCUCGGUUCGUGUUCGAGGUUGGGUGGUCAUGAUGGCGGAACACACGGAUGUCAGCCUGCAGCCGGAGGAGCGGGUCCGCGUGCUCACCAAGAAGGGAAGCGCGGUGGAGGUUAAUGACUAUGUGCCUCUGCGCCGCUACUUCCGCUCAGGCAUGGAGAUGAUACGCAUGGCGAAGAUCUACACAGACGAGGGCAACAUCGAGCACGCCUUCGUCCUUUACAACAGAUACAUUACGCUCUUUAUAGAAAAACUUCCCAAGCAUCGCGAUUACAAGACCGCUAACAUUCCCGAAAAGAAGGACACACUGAAGAAACUGAAGGAUGUUGCGUUUCCUCAAGCAGAGAUUCUGAAAAAAGGUCUUUUGAGGAGAUUUGAACAAGAACACACACAAUAUCUUGCCAAAAAGAAAGUGGCGGAUGAGGCCUUGGUGCAGGAGCAGUCAAGGCGGCGAGCGCUGGACGCCGAGCGGGAGCGCGUGGCCGAGAUGCAGCGGCGGCAGCGGGAGCAGGAGCAAUUCAGUGCCUUUGAGGAGAUGAUCCGCCGCCAGGAGCUGGAGAAGGAACGCCAGCGCGUGCUCCUUGAGUUCGCCACACCCAACGUGCCCCCCCCUGAAGCACCCCUCCUUCCAGGCAUCCAGGGCCCCCCGAUCGUCUCCCCCACCGCCCCCCCACAGAGCCUGGGGGACGUGUCCAGUGGCACCAACCACGAGCACAACCCCCCUCAUUCAACCGUCGGCACACCUGCCACCGCCCUGCCCACCUUCGACCGGUCGCUCAAGCCUGGCUCUCUGGUCAGCCCGGGGAACAAUAAUACGAUGGUGGAUGCCCUUCGGCAGUUGUCGGUUCCUGCGGAGCUGUGCCGGAGCUUUCUGAGGUUGGCGGAGGCCAACACGAGCCGAGCUGUAGAAACUUGUGGCAUCCUGUGUGGCAAACUGACCAGAAAUGCGUUUACUGUGACCCACGUCAUCGUACCGAAGCAGAGCGGUGGACCAGACUAUUGUGACACGGAAAAUGAGGAGGAGCUCUUUCUCAUACAGGACCAGUACGAUCUCAUCACCCUGGGCUGGAUUCACACUCACCCGACACAGACGGCCUUCCUGUCCAGCGUGGACCUCCACACACACUGCUCCUACCAAAUGAUGCUGCCCGAGGCCAUUGCUAUCGUCUGCUCGCCCAAGUUCAACGAAAUCGGCUACUUCAGGUUAACGGACCGAGGAACAGAUGAGAUCUCCACGUGUAAAGAGAAAGGCUUUCACCCUCACAGCAAAGACCCCCCUCUGUUUACACACGCGGCACACGUCACCAUCACCAAUGACUCUGUGUCCAUGAUGGAUUUGCGGUGAUUUUAUUUUUGUUUUCACCAGAAGACUCACUGACUGUUUUAUCAAACUACAGACCGGACCAGAGCCUUGUUUUAUUGUCAGGACGGUACCGAGCAAAUGCCGCCUACGAGUUUACCAUUUAAAUGGACUUCAGUUGUUCUCAAAGGGAACAACAACAAUGUGAACUUAUCUUUUGCCCUGUCAGGAAACAAAUCUACAUAUUACUGCACUUUUCGAGCAAAAACAACUACAAUCCACUUCAUGGACUCACAAACCUCUGGCUCUUCAACCCCUUUGUCUUUGUGAACGUGUGCUUUACUUCCCAUUCAGAUUUUUGUUUUAUAAAUAAAAGUGUGUUUGUCAGUACCAGG